AUGGAUGCGAUAGCUGACUCAGUGUUCACAGACAUAGGUUCUUCUGAUACUCCUAGUGAUGAUCCAUCUCUUUUGACAGUAGUACUUGAUGUUACACCCCAAAGUUGGUACAAGAUACGGGACCAGAUUAGUAUACAAGAAGUGGCAAAGUCAUUGCUUGUAUUUCUUAAUGCACACCUUUCAUUAAACAAUUCCAAUCAAGUUGCUUUCAUAGCUAGUACCCCCCAAGGUUCGAAGUUUUUGUAUCCUAAUCCCGAGAAAAAUUAUGAUGAAGUUCGUUCAAAGAAGAAUGGGGGAAGUUCAAAUAUGGAAACGGCAGAUUCUACCUCGAGCUUGGUAGGUGUUGGUAUGUAUAGACAGUUUAGAAUUGUCGACGAGGCAGUAUUGGAGAAAUUGAAUGAAGUAUUUGCAGAUAUAUCUCAAAACAUUGAUGACAAUCGCUGUAAUUCGACAUUAUCUGGAGCCUUAAGUUUGGCUCUCACGUAUACCAAUAGGAUGCUAAAUUUGGAUCUGUCUAUUUCUACAACAACAGCCUCAGCUAUAAAUACAACAACAAAUGCAAGCUCUAAUAAAACUAAUUCGUCGGGAACAAAUUCAAAUUCAAUGUCCACGGGUGGAACGAAUACUACAAGUCUCACAUCCAUGAGAUCAAGGAUUUUAAUAGUUUCAUCUAACGAUGACGAUGACAUUAAAUAUAUUCCAAUCAUGAACACAACAUUUGCCGCACAGAAAAUGAAAGUGCCUAUAGACGUAGCUAAAUUAGGAGAAAAAGACUCUUCAUACUUGCAACAAGCAUCAGAUGCUACUAAUGGAGUAUAUUUACAUAUUGCAAAUCCAGAAGGAUUAAUUCAGACUUUAUCCACAGCAUUUUUUAUCGAACCAUCAAUAAGACUGUUAAUAAUACUUCCGACUAAUUCCAAUGUCAAUUAUAGAGCAAGUUGUUUCAUUACGGGGAAAUCAGUAAACCUAGGAUUUGUUUGCUCUGUUUGCUUAUGUAUAAUGAGUGUAAUUCCUAAAGAAGGCAAGUGUCCAACUUGUGACUCUAAGUUUGAUGAAAAAAUAUUAGCACAACUAAGAAGAGGAGUUGUUAUCCCUGUAAAGAAGAAAAGAAAGCUUGAUUCGAAUGCUAACGGGCAGUCUGAUAACGUAACACCAGAAGUAUAA